AUGGGGAGCCUUGGUACACUCUCGUUCACGGAAUCAAAUUCCAAGUUUGACUAUGAUGUCCUCGUCAUUGGAGCCGGCCUUAGUGGCCUCUACUCCCUGAUCAAGAUGCGACAAUUGGGGUUGAGAGUGAGAGUGUUAGAGGCCGGAGCAGGCGAAGGUGGCACCUGGUUCUGGAACCGGUACCCUGGCGCUCGGUUUGAUUCCGAGAGUUGGUCCUACAAUUUUUCAUUUUCUCAAGAACUUCUAGAGGAAUGGAGUUGGACAGAGCAUUUUGCACCUCAAACGGAAACUCUGAAAUAUUGUCAAUUUAUCUGUGAGAAAUUCGGUUUAAGGGGCGAUAUCCAAUUCAACACUCGGGUCAAAUCAGCGCAUUGUCAGGACAGUAACUCUUGGCUACUCACCGAUGAGACUGGCAAACAGUACUCCUCGCGCUUUCUCAUCACCGCUAUGGGCCUUUUAAAUCAAGCCACGUACCCAGAUAUUCCAGGCGUCGCCGAUUUUGAGGGGGUAUCGAUGCAUACGUCUCGCUGGCCAGAAGGUAUAUCGCUAAAGGAUAAACGCGUUGGGAUAAUUGGCACCGGCGCGACUGGCAUUCAGACCAUCCAAGAGAUUGUGAAGACUGUCGGCCAUCUUACAGUGUUUCAGCGGAAUCCGAACUGGUCCGCACCACUACAUAACGCCAAGAUCACCCCUGAAGACAUGAACGAGAUUCGAUCGAGAUAUCCCGAGAUAUUCAGAUUAUGCAAUGAGUCAUGGUCAUGCUUCGUCCACGGAGCCGAUAAGCGAAGAACGUUCGAUGUCCCCAAGGAAGAGCGAGAGGCGUUCUGGGAAGAGCUCUACUCGAAGCCCGGGUUUGCAAAGUGGCUCAGCAAUUUCGGUGAUAUCAAUACCGACAAGGCUGCGAAUGCCGAGUUUUCGAAUUUUAUCGCUAAGAAAAUUCGACAACGUGUGCAUGAUCCUGCCACAGCGGAGAAACUAAUACCCAGGGAUCACGGCUUCGGCACGAAAAGAGUUCCUCUAGAGACAUUUUAUUUUGAGGCUUAUAAUCAGCCGAACGUUCGCUUACUCGACAUCAAGGAAGACCCUAUUGAGAGGAUUACCGAAAACGGCAUCAAGACACGAGAUGACUUUGUCGAGCUAGACAUUUUAAUCUAUGCUACUGGGUUCGAUGCCAUUACCGGUGCAUUCUCCGCGAUCGACUUCCGCGGCAUCGACGGCCAAAAGAUCAUGGACACAUGGGCAGAAGGUCCACGCACGCAAAUGGGACUAUUCGUCCACAAAUUCCCAAAUAUGAUGAUGAUUCUCGGGCCUCAUCAAAUGUUUGGGAAUAUCCCCAGGAGCAUCGAGUACGCGGUGAAUUGGGUGUCGAGCUGCAUAGAAUAUUGCCGCGAUCACAAUAUUACGCGGAUUGAGGCAACGCCUGAAGGAGUUGAGAGGUGGACUGAGCACGUUCAUAAAUGUUCGGAAGGUCUCCUGGCUAAUGAAGUCGACUCUUGGAUGACUGGCGUGAACAAGAAUUUGAAGCACAAGCAAACUCGGAUCAUCGCCAGAUACAAUGGUCCCGCCCCCGGUUAUAGGGCUUUGACGAAGGGGGUGGCAGACAGAGGAUACGUCGAUUUAACCCUAGGAUGA